CCUGUUCAGAUUCUCCGCUUGGAGAAGGAGUGAAAAUUCUCCGAUCGAUUCUAAUUUUUUAACCAGUUUCGGCUUCAAAAUGUUGCGAAAUCUCACUGGUUUUGUGAAAAAACUCCCUAGAUUUGUGCGGGAGCAGCCAAAUUUGAUGAGCAGUGCGAGGCAUUUCUGUAGUCCAGCCAGUGAAGCCACAUUUGAAACUAAGCCUUAUAAGCUACAUAAUUUAGAAAGUGGACCUAGUACAACAGUAACAGUGACAAGAGAUGACGCACUACGUUAUUACCGCCUCAUGCAAACCAUUCGCAGGAUGGAAACAGCAGCCGGGAACCUGUAUAAGGAGAAAAUCAUCCGAGGUUUCUGUCAUUUAUAUUCUGGCCAAGAGGCUUGUGCUGUUGGUAUGGAUGGAGGUAUCCGUAGGAAUGAUUCAGUCAUCACUGCAUACAGAGCCCACGGCUGGUGCUUCUUACGGGGUGUCCCUGUUAUUGGUGUUCUAUCAGAGUUAACAGGAAAAUACACUGGUUGCGCGAAGGGUAAAGGUGGCUCCAUGCACAUGUAUGCACCACACUUCUAUGGAGGAAAUGGAAUCGUUGGAGCUCAGGUUCCCCUCGGAGCUGGUAUCGCCCUUCACCACAAAUACAUGGAAUCUGAUCAGAUCUGUGUCACCCUCUACGGAGACGGUGCCGCCAACCAGGGACAGAUAUUCGAAGCAUACAACAUCGCCAAACUGUGGGAUCUACCAGUAGUAUUUGUCUGCGAGAAUAAUGGUUAUGGUAUGGGAACGAGUGUAGAGAGGGCGUCUGCUAGUACAGAUUAUUACAGGCGAGGAGACUAUGUACCUGGGAUAUGGGUUGAUGGAAUGGAUGUAUUGGCAGUAAGGGAGGCCACACGCUAUGCGGCCGAGUGGUGUCGAUCGGGCAAGGGACCAAUGCUGAUGGAAGUCGUCACCUAUAGAUAUAGUGGUCACAGCAUGAGUGACCCUGGCACAAGUUAUCGAACUCGCGAAGAGAUCCAGGAAGUCCGGGCAACCAGAGAUCCGAUUGUCUCAUUCAAAGAACGACUCAUCUCCUCUCAACUUGCUUCAGCAGAAGAACUUAAGACAAUUGAUGGGGAAAUUCGUAAAGAGGUUGAUGAUGCGGUCAAAGCAGCGAAAGCAGCUCCAGAACCACCCGUCUCAGAAAUGUACGAUCACGUUUAUACAAAUCCUGACCCUCAUUUCAAAGUCCGCGGCUGUGAUCCAUCAAUAAUGGUCGUGGGAAAAUAAACUCUUUGUCUAUCUGUCAGUUGUAUUUAUUAGGAAAAUUGUGAAUAUAUGUUAAUGAGAGAUCUCCAGAAUUGCGCUUUUUAACCUUGUAUCAAAUGGGCAAUGUGGAAAAUUGUGAUACUACUGAAUAUGCUAACAGACAUUGUCCAAAAUAGAAAAGUAAAAAAGAAUGUACUGUGUCGACACUAUUAAGCCAGUGAAGCGGCUCAGUGUUAGAUAGAGGCCUGUUGCAGGUGAAAUAGGCCGUUUGAACAGGCUCCACUCUACCGGGUUAGUUGCGUGAGUACAUUUCUUCUUUUCUCAUACAGCCACCAAUAAAAGUAGUAAAAGACACUACGUUUGUUGGCCUAAAUGGCCAAAAAUGAUAUGAAUGCUACCAAUAUUUGUACUUAUUGUGCUUUUCUUAUUAAACCAAGACAAAAGUUUUGCGAGUUCAGUAUAGAAGGUUUCUCCUGGAUGUUUUGUUAUUGCUGGCGUUCGAACAAACCAUUGUCAUUUCAUUUCAUAAAAAAUAAUCAUAGUUAUGCCCGAGAGCAUGUUUUCUGGUCUUCCUCUGAAAAAUACCCACGUUUUCGAAGCUGCAUUCAGUGGUCUUUCAGAGGGUUCAUGCUUGAUACGCAACACUUCAUGUUAUGAUCCCCUGAGGUGUACAUUCUAUAAGCUUGAUUGCCUUGUUUCAGAAGUAUUAAGUUAACCUGUACAAAAUGA